AUGGUAUUGUUUAAGACAUUUAUAAUAUUACUGGUUAUGUCCGUAGAGUUGAGCCAAUCUAGAAGUGUUGGCUAUAAGACAAGUACUGGUUAUUUGCCAAAUGGAGACGAAGAUAAGCUGUUAGUGAAGACUAAUAAGGGUUAUGUAAGGGGAACAACACUUGAUACCAGUACUGGUAAGAAAGUGGACGCCUUUCUAGGCAUACCUUAUGCGAAGCCUCCGGUUGGAAGGAAUCGGUUUAAGCACCCGAAGCCUAUCGACCCCUGGACUGACAUUCUGAAUGUGACCUCGAGACCAAAUUCAUGCUAUCAACUCAAUGACACCACUUUUGGUGAAGACUUUGCCGGCUCUACCAUAUGGAACGCCAACACCAAACUUAGUGAAGACUGUCUGUAUCUAUCGAUUUGGACGCCACGACCCCGACCUAAAAAUGCUGCCGUAAUGGUGUGGAUAUAUGGCGGCUGUUUCUACAGCGGUUCCGUCUCUCUGGACAUCUAUGACGGAAGAAUAUUGGCUGCGGAACAGCAGAUAAUCGUCGCCUCAAUCAACUACAGACUCGCAAACCUCGGGUUUCUGUUCUUUGAGAACUCGCGUACAGAAGCGCCCGGAAAUGCCGGCAUAUUUGACCAGAUUAUGGCUCUUCAGUGGAUUAAAGAUAAUAUCCAUCACUUUGGAGGAAAUCCCGAUAAUAUCACUCUAUUUGGUGAGAGCGCGGGCGCCACCAGUAUUAGCUUCCACUUGAUAUCACCGUUGAGUCGACAUCUGUUCAGUCAGGCUAUCUUACAAAGCGGUGCCCCAACUGUCCCCUGGGGUCUCGUCAGCCAUAAAGAGUUGACUUUAAGGGGACUCAGACUCGCAGAAGCUGUCGGUUGUCCGCACGACCCCAAGAAUAUUGAUGCCGUAAUUGAGUGCUUGAGAGGGACUGAUCCCUGGGAACUGGUAGAGGAGAUAUAUCUGACACGUGAAGACUUUAUCAAAUCUGUAAAGGAGUUAAACCCAUAUGUGAAUAAAGUGGGACAGGAGGCUAUCAUCUUUGAAUACACCGAUUGGCUUAACCCAGAAGAUCCCAUCAAGAACAGGGAUGCAGUCGACAAAAUGGUGGGCGACUAUCACUUCACAUGUCAUGUCAAUGAAUUGGCUUCUCGUUACUCCGCUGCCGGCAAUGAUGUCUAUAUGUAUUACUUCACUCAUCGCACAACCCAUAGUCCGUGGCCUAAAUGGAUGGGCACAAUACAUGGCGACGAAAUCAGUUAUGUUUUCGGGGAACCGCUUAACCCUCGCCUCCAGUUUACUCCGGAAGAAAGGAGACUCAGUGAACGAAUAAUGUCCUAUUGGGCCAACUUUGCUAAAACCGGCAACCCCAGUACGACAAUCAAUGGCCAGUGGUCUCAUACAUAUUGGCCCCUCCAUACGCCCCAUGGGAAGGAGUACUUGACUCUAGCGGUGAACAGCACAGAGAUAGGUCGGGGCCCGCGAACAAAGCAGUGUGCCUUCUGGCAGAAAUACUUGCCUCAACUCAUCAAAGAUACACAAUCACCGCCGCCUCCAUACGAGAUCUGUACAAAUAAUGUGCUCUCAAAUAGAUUGUCAAAUAGCCUUCAAAUACUGAUUGCAACGAAUAUUGUGGUCAUGGGUUUGGUUCAACUGAUCUGAUCGGAAGAGAAUUGUCAUUCAUUUGAAAUAAUUAGUGCCUCUUCUGUAGUGAACUCCGAUAAAAGGCAUUUCUGACUAACUAUAAGGUUAUAAACGAUAUUACAAAACUCAGUAUUAAUUAUAUAUUCCAACAAAUGGUCGCAAAUAUGAAUGACUUGUUUCAAAGAAUUCCGAAUUUUAACAUUCAUUUGAUUGUCAAUCGACGGUCAUCUCAAUCAUCAAAACAAAC